UCAUAAUGUUUGCAAAUAUUUCAAUAUAUUAUUUUGUAAUAUUCGAUAAAAAUACAGUAUGUAGGGCUAGCCCCACUACUUUCUUUAUUCUUUGGCUAGCCCUAUCUAUUAAAAUUAAAUUAUUUUAUGUUAUCCAGCUGAUUUCAUAAAUUUUAACAUCCAAUUCGGAACUCAUUUGGCAGCUACCAACUGUCAUAUUGACAUUAACGUCAAACUGUCAUCGCCACAAAAACUUUCGCAUUCAGCGAACGCGAAGUUGAUGAAGAAACUCGAAAGUUUGUUUCUAUUUCUAACAAUCACAAAUUGUUAAAAAUGUAAUGAAUUAAAAGAGUUCAUCCCAACAAUGUUACAUUUUACGCAAUAAUAUUACGAAUACUGUAAGAUUUGUAGUUGCGUUGCUGUAUAAUAAAACAACCGCUCUUUCUCCCGUUAUUCCGAAGUGUCCACGUAGAUUUUAACUGUUUGUGUUUGUUGAAUGUGAAAGAUGCGUCGUGCUAAAGGGUAUCAGGAUUUGGAUGACAAUGCGGUGGGACCGCGGCCUGGUCCGCCGCCGAUGCCUGCGCCUCAGGAAAUCGAAAUGGCUUCGGUGACCGUGGUCCCCGAUGAUACAUUCACUGUAACGCAGGCUGUCAACGCCCUAGGCUUCGGCUGGUUCCAGGUGAAGCUGUCACUCUGCACGGGUCUAUGCUGGAUGGCGGACUCCAUGGAGAUGACCAUCCUGAGCAUACUUUCGCCUGCCCUGCAUUGUGAAUGGAAUAUAAGCAAAUACCAACAAGCUUUAACAACUACAGUGGUGUUCCUAGGCAUGAUGCUCAGCUCUACAUUUUGGGGCAACAUCAGCGACCGCUAUGGACGAAAAACGGCUCUCAGCAUGUGCGGGGUUCUGCUCUUCUACUAUGGGCUGUUGAGCGCUAUAGCCCCAAACUUCCUCUGGCUACUCUUUCUUAGAGGUCUUGUGGGCUUCGCCAUUGGCUGUGUGCCGCAGUCUGUCACAUUGUAUGCAGAGUUUUUACCCACGAAGCAGAGGGCUAAAUGCGUCGUCCUACUUGACUGUUUCUGGGCGCUGGGAGCUUGUCUGGAGGUGGCCCUAGCGCUGGUAGUGAUGCCCACCCUGGGCUUCCACUGGUUACUGGCUCUCUCCACUAUACCACUGCUGAUAUUCGCUCUCAUAUGCCCGUGGCUGCCGGAAUCGGCGAGGUUUCACGUCGCUAGCGGACAGCCAGACAGAGCACUAUCCACGCUGGAACAGAUAGCGGCAGAUAACGGACGGCCAAUGUUGUUGGGACGACUGGUGUGCGACGAUUCGGUUGGCAUCGGACAACGGGGACGACUCAAACAUCUGCUCAUACCGCAUUUGAGAACUACCAGUUUACUGCUGUGGUUUAUAUGGAUGUCCUGCGCCUUCUGCUACUACGGGCUCGUGCUGAUGACCACGGAGCUCUUCGAAACAGAGCCCGGCGGCUCUUUAGAGCCCUGCGCCGCCGACUGCCGACCUCUGCAGACCACAGACUACAUGGAUUUAUUGUGGACUACGCUUGCUGAAUUUCCAGGCAUCUUCGCAACCAUAUUCAUUAUCGAGAAGUUUGGCCGGAAGAAGACCAUGGCCUCACAGUUCAUCAUAUUCUCCGUCUGCGUGUGUAUGCUGAUCUACAACGAGAACCGUGUAUUUCUGACAUGUAUUCUGUUCUUGGCGCGCGGCAUCAUCGCCGGACUGUUUCAGGCCGCGUACGUUUAUACACCAGAGGUGUACCCCACGGCGCUGCGCUCCACGGCCGUGGGCGCGUGCAGCGGCGUGGCGCGGCUCGGCGCCAUGGUCACGCCCUACGUCGCGCAGGUGCUGCUAAAGAACUCAAUAGCGUUAGCGACGGGCGUGUACGCGGCGGCCGCCGUGCUGGCCGCCGCCGCCUGCCUGCUGCUGCCCAUCGAGACCAAGGGCCGAGAGAUGCGCGAGUCCGUCAACGCCACUACUUAAGGUACAUCUGGCACCUAGACUUAUUCUAUUAAGAUAGAGGAAAAGCGACUAUUUAUUACCAAUAGUAAGUUGUUUAACGCUGCACGAGCAAAAUUAUGUACCUGUAUUUUAAUAUUUUUUAUUUACAACCAUAGUGGAUACGUUAGAAAAGCCGGGAAUUGCUAUUCCUGUUCUGGAAAUCGAUUAUAUCUUGGUUGACUUUUUGCUAUUUAUUUUAUGCAUUUGAUUUGCUAUAAUUCAUCUCACACUACUAUAGAUAUUAUUUAAUUGUUAGAACGAUAAUGUUGCACAGCUUAGCGUAUUCAUUGACUCCGUCUCUGCAUUUUUAAUAAUAAUAAAGUUUAUAUUAAUUAUUGACAUUCGAAUAAUUAAGAUAAUUAAACUAAGGAAAGCAAUAUGUAAAAUGUAGUUGAUAGUUUUAAGUAUUGAAUCGAAUAAUAAUUUUAUUUACACACGUAAUUUAAUAAUAGUUGUGGAUACUAUGCAUUUGUGUAUAAUAUGCACUAAGACAUGUAAUUUGUGCAGUCAUGGUUAAUAGUUGAGCAGUCCUAAGUUAAUACAUAUUAGGCUAUCCUUUUUAGGCCCAUGGUCCUACUCAUAGCACUAAUUAUUUCAAUGUAAUUGAAACCAUUUUUAAAUGGAACAAAGUUGCGUUUCUUUUCUUUUGUUUCGUUGUAUUUCUAAGCAAAAAAAAAUUCAACCAUAGUUCCUACAAUAUUGAUUUCGAAUUUAACUGGCAAUAUUUGUUGUAUGACCCAACACCAACAGGGCUUUAGGAGGCUAUAAAAUCUUCAGUAGCAUGAAGUUAUCCAACUUUACAAUUUUGAACUGUAUUCCCUAGAUAUAAGCGAUACUAUUGGUUGUUAAGGUUUGCGUAGCUAUGUAAUAAUUUCACUGGUUACGAAAACAUUAUGUCGUUGAUAAAUAUUUAGCUACUUAACUACAAAAAAGGCAAGCUUAACCUCCGAAGGCUCACGUUCUUAGUUAUAGAACUUAUUCAGUUCGAUUACAUUUAAAUCCUAUUCACAAACAAAACAAAAUCAACUCUAUUUCCUACUCUAUAGGUUCAAAUUUCAGUGUCAAAUUUUGGAUUUUCUAUUUCCUUAAGAUAUUAAAAUAUUCUUAUGAACUCUAUUAUUUUUAGCUAUGACUGUACAAAGAGACCACUUCUCUAUAGCACACUAGUCUAUAUAAUAAGCAUUGAAAUAUAUAAAGACUGUUUUUGUAACCGCUUUUUAAUGUUUAUAGUAUACGUGUUAGCUUUUGCUAUUGAUGUUUUACACUUGUAUAUCUAGUUAUAAGUAUUAACGAAACGUCGGUUAUAAAUAUAUUGCAUUUGUUAUCACAAAAACUAUCUUCAUAUUAAGGUUGACGAGACAAUAAGUAUUUAUGAUUUAUUAAUAUUAGUUGUAUUAUAAAGUGGCAGAACUGUCAGUCUUGAAGAAAUAUCACUAGACUCAGACCAAGCUAAAUUGGCAACGAUUUUGAUAACCGACACGGAGCGUUAUUUUAAACGUCAAACUUCCAUGAACUGAUGGCGUUUACUUAACAUUUGCAACGUCUGGGCUAGCAAUCGCUGCUAACUUAUCUUGGUCUGUCUUUAACACUAUCACUUUUGGUCGCCAAUGGUGACUUAAGUCAGGGGGUAACUUCAUACUCCAUUAAACAUAUUUUUGAACCAAACGAAUUUAACCUAAGAUGCAGUGUGGCUCUGGGCUCAAAAUGGUUGAAUACCCCUGCCUCAAGUUAUCUCUGCGCUGUGAGACAGCACCAGACGUUGUAUGUGUAUACCCUCUAGCAUCCCACAGUCCUAAUACUAGAAAAAAUAUAUCCAAAUAAAUUCAAAUCAUUUUGAAACGGUCACUCAUGAUUUGUUUCGUUCGAUUUUAAAACAAAACAUUCAAUUAUAUUUUCUAAUACCAUUUGAUUUAAAUUUGACUGCCAACUUUUCUUUUAUUAAUGGAGGGCCGCUAGAACGUUAGGUUAGUUAAGCUUUCAUUAAGUAACAGAGG